GACUCGACAGCUCAGCGGCCACUGCCUGAACUUCCUCUACCCAGACCGCCCGCUGCACAAUCGAGCCACAGUAGCCAUGUGCUGGCUGGCAUUCUGCGAGACCGCCCUCUUCCCCUCCCUUUGGCCCCCGCCGAACAGACUACGGAAGAACGGAGGCGAAGUAUCAUCGCUUUGGAUCGCAAAAGGAGGCUGACGAACCCAGCAUUGUAUGAGGAAGGCAGAAGAAGAAUCAACAGCGGAGGCUGGAAUGAUCGUCGGACCAACUUUGAUGCUUAUCGCUCAGAUGGUCCGUCAUCACCUCGCCGUCCUGCGUCUUCCGCCCCAAACAUGGAUCGACCGCUUCCUGAGGUUAUAGACUUGACAAGUUCCUCUCCUCCCACUUCCGCGCCAGAGACACCUCGACCCAGGAGAGCAAGCGGAAACUCCUCCGACAGUGCCAGACGAUAUGUUGUUCCCCAGUGGCAGCCAGAUUCGGAGGCCACUGAAUGUCCCAUUUGCAAACGCCCCUUCACCUGGAUGUUCAGACGCCAUCAUUGCAGGAAAUGUGGGAGAGUGGUAUGCAACGACUGCUCGCCACACCGCAUCACCAUCCCUCGCCAAUUCAUUGUUCAUCCGCCCGGUCCUGAUACGUUUACUUCACCAAGCGAUCCUGUCAAUCGCCGAUCGCUUACGAUCGGCUCUAGUGAGGACGAGUCGUACGACAAUAACCUCAGUUCACAUCAUGUCGGUGCUUCAGUGCAGCUGGAAGGAGGAGAGAAGGUGCGCCUGUGUAACCCUUGCGUGCCGGAUCCUCAACCUGACCCGUUGCCGAAUUACCCUCCUUUCAUUCCAGAUCAUCCCAGUCGUGGAGCCUCCUGGGAGGCGGGAGGUCGCCACGGCCCUGGUAUGAAUCAUGCAGUCUCGUCUGAGAACAGACCAAGAGGAUUUUCUGCUGGGUUGGAAUAUCCAGCUCGCAAUAUGGGCGCUGGAAGCAACCCAUAUCUGCACCAAUAUCAUCGUUCAAUGGGAGCGAUCCAACCCGUCUAUCCCACCCCCGACCCUAGGGGCGAUGGUUCCAACUUGUUUGACUCCUAUCGUGGCCAGUCGUCUCCUUCCAGGUAUCGUAUGCUUGGACCGCCUUCCGCUCUUAACACGCCACUGUUUUCUGGUCCUUCUCUGAGGGACCAACCACCUCAUGAUACAAGACUGUCCUAUAUCCGGCCACGUCCUUCUUAUCCCGAGAGCCGUCAGCCUCGAGACGAGCCAUUUGGCAUCUCCUUGCCAUCACAGCGGCCUCACCCUCGACCCCUGCAUGAACUCACAUAUAGCCCCGCGGUCCACCGACCACGUAUGAAUGAAAACGACAUUUGCCCGGUGUGCCGUCACGCGUUACCGCCCUGUGGACCUGACGGCGAUGAAACCGCCCGUGAAGCACAUAUAAUGGAAUGCAUCCAUGCGCGUGACCCCUCGUAUCACGCCGACUCGAGCAAUACGGCGGCAGCAAUUCGACUGGCCGGCAGUGCAUCAGAGGGAGCUUCGUCGUCGCAACAUCCACAUCAUCAACGGCUUAAUAUGCUUACCUUCACAGCGACCGAGAAGGACUGCGUCGCACAAGAAGAUGGCCAAGUUCAAGAAUGUUCUAUCUGCAUGGUCGAGUAUGAUGUUGGCGAUGAGCUAGUCAGGCUUGAAUGUCUGUGCAAAUUUCACAGAAGCUGUAUCAUGGAGUGGGUUGAACGGAAAGCCGAAUGCCCAGUGCAUAAGCUUUUAGGAUGA